AUGUCUCCCCAAUACUCUGUAUACCUUCUCGAUGCCAGCUUUAGCAGGAGUGCAACGCUCGAUAUCGUUCCAUUUCGUCAGUGCCAGCACCAUCAAUUGCAACAGAGGAUCCUAGCCUGGAGUAGUGCCCAACUUCCUCAACUCGUAAUUCGUCACAAGGAACGUCGACAGUCCUAUCUUCAGCAGCGUGUCAGCCAGGCACUUGAGCAUCCUCUCAAGAUUCUGGCGUCCUUUUUUUCUGCUAUGGAGAUUUGCCUUAACGCCUCUCGAUCCCAAACCAUUUCUUCGGUUUUGGCUGCCCGUAAUACGCGAAUUCUCCUCUUCAUCCUAUGCCGCUCGACGCGUCCUCUUCCAUUGGACCAGCAGCAUCGGCAGUCGUAUCAGCCAGUUGACCCCGCUCUAUGGCCAAACUUAUAUCAGUCCUUCCGCACGAGUUUCUCUUCUAUUCUUGGUGAAGACGCAGACGACUCGAAAGAAGCCAUCUCUCCUCCAUCGCCUCCUGCUGUUGAUCCCUUCAUCGACGCACUUAUCGACUUCCUGCAUCCUAGAACGGUCCAACGUCCAGAUUACGUCCACCUGGCGACCAAAUUAUUGGCGUUUCAGGAUGUGGAACGCGUCAACCUGAAGAGCUCUUCCUGGACAAUGUACAGAAAGGACUGGCUGUCAGGCGUGACAGAUAUGGAAGCGUACGGAAAAGGCGCUGAGGGUGUUCUACAAGAAGCAUGGAUGUCUCAUCAAUUCGUAGCCGGAAGAGCUCGCGUACUGCGAUACACCAAUCGAUCAUCAUCGGCAAAUGCCCGUAUGGUUGCUCACCGAAGAGCUGACCGCGUUCGUGUUCCGAACUUCGAGAUUCUGGCGUCCUCUUUCCUGCUACUGAAGAUUCUGCGAUGGGAGCCUUCACGUUCCCUUGACGAGAAGAACACGGCGACUGAAGAAUCGCAGCUAGCGCCUCCCGAUCCCGAUCCCGUUUUUGUGGUUGUGACUGCCCAGUGA